AUGCUCCGCGUGGGGCUGUGGGCUGCCGUGGUUCUGCUGGCCCAGCUCGGAGAGGUCUCUGCCGAUUGCUGGCUGAUUGAGGGUGAGAAGGGAUACGUGUGGUUGGCCAUCUGCAGCCAGAACCAGCCUCCGUACGAGGCCAUCCCGCAGCACAUCAAUAGCACCGUGCAGGACCUGCGGCUCAACGAGAACAAGCUCAAGGUGCUGAUGUGCGGCGCCCUCAGCCGCUUCGGCAACCUGACAGACCUGAACCUCACCAAGAAUGAGAUUGGCUACAUCGAGGACGGGGCCUUUGUGGUGCAGUCUAACCUGCGCACCCUCCAGCUGGGCUACAACAAGCUGACCAACCUGACCGAGAGCAUGCUGCGGGGGUUAGCCAGGCUCGAGUUCCUGUACGUCCAACACAACCUGAUCGAAAGCAUCUCCGUCAACGCCUUCCUAGAGUGUGCGGGGCUGCUGAGCAUCGACCUGUCGGCCAACAAGCUGGCCAAGGUGGAGACGGACACCUUCUCUGGGCUCAGUCUGCUGACGGUGUGUGAGCUGGCCGGCAACCCUUUCCACUGCUCCUGUGAGCUGCUGGGCUUCCUCAGCUGGCUGGCCUUCUUCAACAAUGUCACCAGAACCUAUGACCGGCUACAGUGCGAGACUCCGCCAGAGUUUGCCGGCUUCCCGCUGCUCAGCCCCACGGCUCACGGCCUCCGCAACGCCAUCGGGAUCCUGGGUCCCCUGUGCAAGGACGGCAAGAUGCCCACCGCCCCCUCCUUCCUGAACGGUAGCGACAACGAACUCUCCUCGGGGGGAAACCCCAGCGACUUCUCAUCAGCAGAGCCCGCCAUCACCUAUAUCAACGAUAACCUGAAUGGCCCCAGCAUCAAGCUGCACCAGAUCGGGAUCACAGCGGCCACACUGAUGGUCCACAUCCCCUCGCCCUACAGCAAGAUGUACAUCCUGGUGCAGUACAACAACAGCUUUGUGUCUGACGUCACCACCCUCAACAACAAGAACGAGUACAUCAAGCUGGAGAAGCUGAGAACCCAGACCAACUACACCUUCUGUGUCGCCUCCAUUCAGAAAUCCCAGCGCUUCAACCACACCUGCCUGACCUUCGCCACCAAGCGUCAGGACCCCCGCGGCCCCGUCCCCAACGCCUCCACCACCACCCACUACAUCAUGACCAUUCUGGGCUGCCUGUUCGGCAUGGUCAUCGUGUUGGGCGUGGUCUAUUACUGUCUGCGCAAGCGGAGGAUCCAGGAGGAGAAGCAGAAAUCCAUCAACGUUAAGAAGACCAUCCUGGAGAUGAGGUAUGGGCCGGAGUCGGAGUCCAGCGGGAUGCUCCACUCGCUGCAGAAGCUCCACGAGCAGCCAGGCACCGGCCCCAGACUGUCCACACUGCCCUCCGCCCCGGGCGACAAGGGCACCUUCAAGCCACUGGAGGUGAACGAGACGCCCAAGGGCACCAAGGGCAACUAUAUCGAGGUGCGCACGGCGGAGAGCUCAGAGCACAGGGACGAGGAGACCAGGCAGGCUGAGAACGGCAAUGGACAAGGCUCCUCGGCCGAGAUCUCCACCAUCGCCAAAGAGGUCGACAAAGUCAACCAGCUGAUCAACAACUGCAUCGAUGUCCUGAAGCUGGAUUCGGCCUCGUUCAUAGGCGCAGACUCCGAGGUGUCAAUCGACCGGCAGCUGACGCCCAGCACCUCCAUGUCCCAGUUGGAAAGGCCAGGCCUGCUGUCGCCCAGAUACAAGGAGGGGGCUUACCCCCUGCAGCGACAGAGCAGCGCUGACACCAGCCGGAAGCGCUGCAGCAUCUCCUCCAGUGGCUCUGCCAAGUCCGCCAGGGUCUUCAGCCUGGACCUGCCUGAGCAGCCGGGCAAAGCCGAGGCCAAGUACAUCGAGCAGAGCGUCUCCAGCCCCUCUCCCCUGGAGCGCUUCCCCCUGGUGGGACCCUCUGAUCCCCAUCGCCUGGAGGUGCAGCAAUACCACUGCAGCGAGCACCGGCACUCCUUCCCCGCUCUGUACUACGAGGAACAUGGAGACUCGCUAAGCCACAGGGCCGCCUUGCUCAAGCCUCUCUCCCGAACCAAAAGGGACUCCACCUACUCCCAGCUCUCUCCCCGUCACCACCAGUACUCGGGCUACUCCUCCAGCCCCGAGUACUCCUCGGAGAACACGCACAAGAUUUGGGAGCGAUUCCGCCCCUACAAGAAGCACCCGCGGGAGGAGGUGUACAUGGCUGCCGGCCACGCACUACGUAAAAAGGUCCAGUUUGCUAAAGAUGAGGACUUGCAUGAUAUCUUAGACUACUGGAAGGGCGUCUCCGCUCAGCAGAAGUUGUGACUUGGGCCGAUUUUGACUGGAAUCCAUAUACGUUUACAUACAGAAAAAAAACCCACACACAAACCGAGACAAACACGGA